AUGGCCCAAGCCGCCCAGACCAAAGCACAGCAUGGCGUCGCCGCCGCGAAGCAGGCCAAGACGGAGCCCGCCCUCUGUCCGACCGACGACGAGAACAAAGUCAUGCCGAAGUCAAAAGCCUUUUCGUUUGACUAUGCCUGGCGAUCCGGCGUCGCUGGAGGAGUCGCCGGCUGCACCGCAAAAACAUUGGUCGCGCCGCUCGAUCGAGUGAAGAUUCUCUUCCAGGCCAGCAACCCGCAGUUUGCCAAGUACACCGGCUCGUCCUUUGGCGUCUUGUCGGCCAUGCGAGAUAUCUACGGCCACGAGGGCAGUCGCGGCCUCUUCCGCGGCCACUCGGCCACGCUUCUUCGAAUCUUCCCAUAUGCAGGCAUCAAGUUUCUGGCCUAUGAGCAAAUACGAGCCGUCAUGAUUCCCGAUAAGACCUACGAGACGCCACUGCGCCGGCUCGUCAGCGGCAGCCUCGCCGGCGUCACCUCCGUCUUCUUCACAUAUCCGCUCGAGGUCAUCCGCGUGCGCCUGGCCUUUGAGACGAAAUCGCAGGGCCGAUCACCCCUCAUCUCCAUCUGCCGGCAAAUAUACAACGAGCAGCCCGUCAACAAGACGGCUACGGCGCGGCUACCGAGCGCGGGGGCGCCAAGUCCCGUCGGCGAGGUCGUCCACGAGACUGCCAAGGUUGUCGACGCGGUAACGCCGCGCAAGGGACUGGUCAACUUUUACCGCGGCUUCACCCCGACCAUGCUCGGCAUGCUGCCCUACGCCGGCAUGUCCUUCCUGACGCACGACACCGCCACCGAUAUGCUGCGACACCCCAUGGUAGCCGAGUACACGACGUUGCCGAAAAAGGCAAACCACCCGCCUGGCAAGCCCGCGGCUCUGCGGUCCUGGGCGGAGCUGUGCGCUGGCGGCGCGGCUGGCUUGAUUUCGCAAACGGCCUCGUAUCCGCUCGAGGUCAUUCGCCGGCGAAUGCAGGUCGGCGGUGCCGUGGGCGACGGUCGUCGGUUGCGUAUUGGUGAGACCGCAAACAUGAUUUGGAAGGAGCGCGGCUUCCGGGGGUUUUUUGUCGGUCUGACGAUUGGAUACGUCAAGGUUAUUCCCUUGGCGGCUGUGAGCUUCUAUACAUAUGAGAGAAUGAAGCUCGUCCUCGGUAUUUAG